AUGAGUUCUGCAGGCCGGGGGUCCUGGCGCUGCUGCUCAGCUCAGCCUCCCCUCGGAAUGAGCCCCGGAGCUCCCGUGGCGGGCCAGGCCCUGGCGCAACAGCAGGUUUGCACAGCUCCCCAGGGGGCUGCGGGGGACGAUGCUGCAGGAUUUUAUGCGGGGCUGGGACUCACCGGUGUGCCUUCCCCGCAGGUCCCGCCGUGCGGAGCAGGCGCGAUGGCCGGGCCCGGGCCCCGCUGGGGCAGGCACGUGGCGUUCCUGAGCAUCCUCCUGCUGGUGGCUGGGGUCAUCUCCCUGCUGUUUGACGCCCUCCUCUGCAGAGCCGGCAACGUCGUGGACCUGCCGCACUUGAGACUUGGCUUCUACAACUUCUGCCUGUGGGACGAGGACCUCGGCGCCCUGCGCUGUCACCAGUUCCCCGAGCUGGAGGCCCUCGGGGUGCCGCGGCUGGGCCUGGCUCUGGCCAGGCUCGGUGUCUACGGGGCCCUGGUCCUCACCCUCUUCGUCCCCCUGCCUCUGCUCCUGGCCUGGUGUAAUAGGAGCGAGGGGGAGUGGCGGCUGGCGGUGGGCUUCCUGGCCGCGGCCUCCGUGCUGCUGGCCGGCGGCCUGGGCCUCUUCCUCUCCCUCGUGUGGAAGUGGCUCAGGCUCUCUCUGCUGGGCCCGGCCUUUCUAGCUCUGGGCACGGCCCAGGCCUUCCUCCUGCUCUUGCUCAUGGCCACCGCUGUGUUCUCUCCGAGGGCUCAGGACGGGAGCAAGCCGGAGAGCUGCUGUUAG